AUACGAUGUGGAAUCGCACUUUUUCCAGUUUACAGAAGCCAUUCUAUUGACCCUCGGCAUCGACCAGAGAGCUGAUGAAUCCGCUAGCCGCAGCAACGUGUUGCUGCUCUCGGCUCUUGUCUCCAGUAUAAUCCCGCUCAAUGCUUGAGGGAAGAGGUCGAAGCAUGAAGUCGCGCACUGGAUGCGAGACUUGUCGGCAACGCAAGCUGAAGUGCGAUGAACGGAAGCCGAAGUGCAAUCGAUGCAGAAAGGCAGGGCGCAACUGUAUCCAAGGCUCCAUUUUUCGUCAUCAAGACAAGUUGGUAAAAACCGACAACCGUUCGGGCAUUAACCCCCAUUAUUCACCUACCCUGAAUGGUAUUGAUCGCGGGAGCGACCGUCAGGAGAAAAUCUUCACCUUUGUGUAUGUGAACGACCCUAAUCUGGACGAGGCAGCGGACCCAGAAUCUCCUCAAUCGCGCCCACCACUCUCACCACCCAUCAUCCCUGUGGUUACUGGCCACUCCCCUAACCAUGCUGUGCCUCUUUCACCCUCGCAUCUGCACUUACCAGCAUCAUCUCCAAGCAACCAUGAGCCAGUUACUAGCCCUGAAACUGCUGUAUCAGACGUAGUCUCAGAGCCCACAGACCACUUUCCAGCUGAUUUUGAUACGCCACAGCAGCCCGUGAACUUACACAUUGCAAACCACAGCGGUACCAUUGUACUUGGUAGCCCAUUCGAGGGUGGCCAUGACAUCCAAGUCGAGAGAACACGCGUCGAUACAGCUGAUUCGGUUUUGUCGAUCCAGCUUAUCUGGUAUUUCAAGGAAGGUCCGGGGAAAUGGAUGGACCUAUACGAUGUUACUGCGUACUUCACUUUCUACGUACCUAGACUGGCAGCCACACGACCGUUACUUCGAAGUGCAUGUUGUGCACUUGCGUCGAAACAUAUCCGUCGACUCCUCGAGUCCCGUCAACCUGCGUGGAACACGCCCUUACCUCAUCUCCAAAGUGUAUUCUGGAAAACGAGCCUCACCACGCGGAACUGGAACUAUGAGAGCGCCGCGUAUUAUGACGAUGCGAUUCGCCGAUUAAACGAUGAGAUCACAAAAGUCAGCGAUGUGGGUAACACGUUGGUUGAACGAAGUCACCGGUCCGAAGAAGCCCUUGCGGCGAUCGCCAUCCUUUGUGUAUACGAGCUUUUAGAUGCACCGGGGCCAGAGUGGUCAGCGCAUUUGAGCGCUCUUCCUCUCCUCAAGACUGCGCCAGCCCAAAUCCUUGACACAAUAUCUCCUCAACCUCCACCGCGUGGUCUGUCCACACGGUCCAUCUUCUGGAACUUUGUCAGGCAGGACUACCUUUACGCGUUUAUCCACGAGACUCACACAAGGUUGGACCCAAAUGAUCCUUACUUGUGGCGCGAGAGUGGCCUUAUUGUUGAAGUAAAUGGUUUCCCUCAACUACGAUGCGCGACGGACACUAGCACCAAUAUUUGGUUCCAGACAGACGAAGAUCUCGUCAGUCAUACUCUUUUCUGGAUUCUGGGCAGGAUUGUCAAUUUCAUAGCAGACAUGGGUGACUUUAAUAUUGACGGGAGCACUCCGCAACAUGACAGGCCAUCUGAGAACGAGCUUCGUUCUCAGUGGAAAGACCUCGAUAUGGCGCUUCAUAGAUGGAGCAUGGGUCUUCCCAGUUCGCUCUCUUCAUUCGUACGGACGCCACCGAUCGGGUCAGGCGUAGACGCCGCAUUCCCCACCUGUCCGCAUAGUUUCGAUAGGAUCACGUACACCAUUCCCACUUGCGGUUCGACAAUGCAGAACUACCAUAUGGCCCGUAUCCUACUUCUUAUGAACAAACCGCCAGAGCGACGUGUGCCUCGUGUCAACUUCACAGAGCGUCUCGAUUCGUAUCGACGCAUACAAGAAGAGGCGGCCCACCACAGCAGGGAGAUAUGCGGAAUCAGUCUGUCCAGUCCGACUGAGAGUGUACGAAUCCAGUCUGUCCAACCGCUCUUUGUGGCGGGUCAGUGUUUAAGUGGGCUGGAAGAGCGUGACAUGGUUGUUAAUCUACUACGUGGUAUUGAAGAGGAUCUGGGCUGGGCUACUGGUUACCGAAUACAGAAACUCAUUGCGCAGUGGGAAGCUAGCCCUCGGACAAAACCAUAAUGAAAUACACGGGGAAUGGACUGCAUUAUAUGUCAGACUAUUCUUAAUAAUGGCUAAGUAAAGAGAUUAUAACAUCUACAUAAUCUACCCU